AUGUCGACUUCGCCCAUCCCAACCAUCGCGCUCGGUGGCAGCGCCAGCCACAUCAACGUCGGCCGCAUCGCGUUCGGAUGCAUGGGCAUGACUUGGACCGACCCGGCCAAGAUGACGCCCGAUGCCGAGGCGUUCAAGACGAUCAAGGCCGCCGUCGAUGCGGGGAGCAACUUCCUCAACACUGGCGCCUUCUACGGCCCGCCCAGUGACCCUUACGCCAACCUAAAGCUGCUGCGCCGCUUCUACGACGCUCACCCGGAGUACAAGGACAAGACUGUGCUCUCCGUCAAGGGCGGCAUGGACACCCCUGCCUACCAGGCCAAGGGCAUGGCUGGUCUCAAGGCCGACGCCUCGGUUGAGGCACUCGAGAAGGACCUGCAAGCCAUCCGCCAACACCUUGGCACCGACGAGGGCGGCAAGAACAUCGAUGUUUACGAGGUGUCUCGUCGCGACACCAGCAUGUCGGUCACCCAGGCCAUGCUCAACAUGCUCUCGCUCUCCACCCAGACCUACACCGAUGCUGAGGGCAACAAGGUCACGGGCAAAGGGCUCUUUGACCACAUCUCGCUCUCGGAGCUCGGUCUGGCGUCGAUUCAGGAGGCGGUCAAAGCCGCACCCGUUGCUUGUGUUGAGCUGGAAGUCAGCCCGUGGGAGCUCGAGGUCUUCACGUCCGGCAUCGUCGAGUUCUGCGAGGCCAACCAUCUGCCCAUCCUCGCCUACUCGCCCGUCGGAAAGGGUCUGCUCACGGGAACGAUCAAGUCCGCAGCCGAUAUUCCAGAAGGAGACGUACGUAGCCACAUGGACCGUCUCAACAAGGACAACAUCGCCAAGAAUCUCGAGCUCGCCAACGAGUUCGUCCAGCUCGCCGAAAAGCAGUCGCCGAAGGUCACACCCACCCAGCUCGGUCUCGCGUGGCUCAUGGCAAGCAGCAAGGUCAUGAUCCCACUGCCGGGCACCACCAAGGCUUCGAGGGCCAAGGAGAACGCAGAGGCGGCUGCCAUCAAGCUCGACGAUCAAACCAAGAACGAGCUCGAUCAAAAGGUCAAGCAGUUCAAGGUCGCUGGUGGAAGGUACAACGAGGCGGCGCGCAACAACUUUGCGCUCAUGGGAUAG